GUGAAUCUGACUGUGCGCGCGUCACGACCCUGUGAUGAGGAGGUGCACGCGCACAUCAGUCGAUGAGAAAGAGCGAUUGUGAAUGUGACUUCAGUCUGAAAUCAACAAGAGCCGGAGCAGGUCACUCAGAGGACUUAAAGGGAUAUAUUUAGUGUCAUUUUAACACUCCUUGGUUUUAACAUGACGGUUGUACAUCUGUGCUUAUUCGCGGGCUUUUGGAGAGCUAUGCACGCAAUCCAUCCUGACUGCGCUAUAAUCUCUCAGCUUAUACAAGAUCAAGAGACCUGCAUCCAGACUAGGAAAAGAGAGAUCAAGAACCACUCUCAACAGACAGGCUGUGGGACGGAUUGGGAUGGGAUUCGCUGCUGGCACACAGCCAACACUGGACAGCUCAUAAAUGUGUCCUGCUCUGAUGUCUUUCAGCACAUCUCCAACACUCAAGGUUUUAUUUACAGGAACUGCAUGUCUAAUGGCUGGACGGACCCGUAUCCGCCGUAUGAGGAAGCCUGUGCUUUUGAGGAUGAUUCAGAGUCUGGGACUGUGACAACCUACUUAUCGACUUUAAAACAGCUUUACACCGCAGGAUACGCAACAUCGCUAAUAUCACUCAUAACUGCAGUCAUCAUAUUCACAUGCUUCAGGAAGUUCCACUGCACCAGAAACUACAUCCACAUCAAUCUGUUUGUGUCCUUCAUCCUGCGGGCCAGUGCGGUUUUCAUUAAAGACACUGUUUUAUUCUCAGACGAAACGCAAGAUCACUGUUUAAUGUCCACGGUGUUGUGCAAAAGCGCUGUGACUUUUUUCCAGUUCUGCAUCCUCACCAAUUACUUCUGGCUGCUGGUGGAAGGGCUUUACCUGCAGACGCUGCUCGCGCUCACCUUCGUCUCGCAGAGGAAAUACUUCUGGUGGUACAUUCUCAUCGGAUGGGGUGUCCCAUCAGUUGUACUUGUCGUGUGGGUUUUGACCAGACAGUUCUAUGAUAACAGAGGAUGUUGGGACGACACAGAUAAUAUGAACAUCUGGUGGAUCAUUAAAGGACCGAUCACCGCUUCACUGUUUGCUAAUAUCAUCAUCUUCCUGAAUGUGAUUCGCAUAUUGGUUCAGAAAUUGAAAAGUCCUGGAGUCGGGGGCAAUGAUACGGGUCACUUCAUGAGACUGGCCAAGUCCACACUGUUUCUGAUUCCUCUGUUCGGGAUGCACUACACUCUGUUCGCCUUCCUGCCAGAAAACACUGGAGAAAUAAUCCGCUUUUACAUCGAGCUCGGCCUGGGCUCCUUCCAGGGCUUUGUGGUGGCACUUCUGUACUGUUUCCUAAAUGGAGAAGUCCAGGCUGAGCUAAAGCGCAGGUUAUGGACGUGGCAAACACAAACACACCUGAGCCCGUGUAAAAAGCGUCGUGUCACUGUAACUCAGAUCAUGAUGCAUGAGAGCGCGCAUCCGCACAGUGACGUCUGUAAUGGACACAUCACGGCGGUAUAAACACGCCACUGGAUUAUAAGACAGUAUUAUAAAAUCUUUAAAAACUUUGAGCUUGAUGACGACUGGCGUUCUGGAGUGUCAAAGAUGUUCGAAACAGAGGAAAUGACAGUGAUCAAAGUAUGUUGCAUAUGGAAGUAUGCAGUUGCAGACAUUGAGAAGUGCAGUUCAUUUGAUUGGCGAAGGCCUGAUUGACAUUUGAAACGGCUGAUUGUAUUUUUGAUUGUGGGAAAUAAGAAUGAUUUUAAAAUAUAUAU